CUUUAAUGCAUCCAUCGACUUGAAUAUCAACAACACCGUCAGUGCCUCCGUCCACAAAUCGCGAAUUGUUUGCGCCAAUUCAGACAACCCCGAUACUUGUGUUGUUUCCGAAGCACGAGAAGCUACAAAUACUGAAAGCCGACGAUGGCUACACGCGCACUCCCUCCUGGCCUCCCAGCCAAGGUCGCUUCAGUGCCGCCAAACCAAACCCUCUAUGUCACGAACCUCCCAUCCAACAAGAUUCAGAAGGAGGACCUUAGGACAGCACUCUACAUGCUAUUCUCGACAUAUGGCGCCGUAUUAGAUGUGGUGGCGCUCAAGACAAUGAAGAUGCGCGGCCAGGCUCACAUCGUGUACAAAGAUAUUCAGACGGCCACGCAGGCCAUGCGGUCGUUGAAUGGGUUCGAGUUUUUUGGACGGGAGCUGAAAAUCUCCUAUGCAAAGUCCAAGUCCAACAUCAUCGCCAAGCUCGACGGUACUUUCAAACCACCUGCAGCUUCGACGGCAGCCCAGGUCGAGGUUACCGACCUCCAGCAGAGCAUCUUCAACGCUCCUCUACCAGGGGCGUCUGCAAAUGUGACCUCCCGCGGUCUUCCCCCCAAGCCAUCCGCGUCUGAUCAUGCCAUGCCUGACGCCGCUGCUGAAACGCGCGGGACAAAACGGCCAAGGGAAGAGGAGAAGAAAGAAGAAGAGAGCGACUCGGAUGCAGAGAUGGAACUGGAGGAUGAUAGCGACGAUGAAUGAUACCCGCCAGGUUGGCAUAAUACAGCGAGGAUAUGUUGGGGCACAGCUCCUUGGGCUCAGCCUACUGCGAUUCGAUUGCCAUCUCUGACGGAACCCAAAGGCCGACACAACCCCCCACGAGGCCCAACCAUACCAUGAGAUAGUCCUCCUUGGAGCAGUCAAAUGUUGACAUUGCUUCACCAAGAAGACAAGGAUGUAUAAAGAAACUGGGGAGCCCUGUAACUGGGUGAUGCUGCAGAAUGGUUUGUGUUAGUCUAGGACCUUUCGAUCAGACGCAGAAUCGCCUAGUUAACCAUAUUCUUGGCAGCAUAAUGAAAAAAGACAUACGUCGGCCGAGAUGCCACCAAUUUCCCCAGCACUGCGGAGUCCAUCUUUGUACUGGUCUGGUACGAGACGUCGAAAGACAGUAUCGAUGUUGAAAGCUUGCUCAUCAACGGGGAGGUUGUGUAGACUGAACCACAAACAGGGCGCUUGAUAUGUUGGGUGGAGAUGUAUUUCAUACACGACCUGCCCAGCACUUGCCGUUGACUUUGGCUUCUUGUGGAACACAGCCUGGGAGAGUGUGAGUACAAAGCACGGUUCCAAAGCUGUGGAACGUACCUCAUCAGCAUCCUCGGCCUCCACCAUCUUGCUGUCCACC